UGCUAAUUUUGACUACAGCACUGAUUGCAUGAAACAUCUGUUAUCUCAUGUCAUCCUUAUCACUAUAGUGCUCUGUUAAUGCAUCUUUUCUCAGGCUAUCACCUUCAUAGCUGUCACUUUUUUAUGUGGUUCUGUGCUAAGCACACUGAUUAGCUAUUGCUUAAUAUGCAAUGAAUUUUGUCAUUCUUGCUCCCAGACUACAAGAGCCCCUUUGUAGGAAACAAACAGCCUGCAGAGCUGUCCCCAUUUUAUGCAUUGAAGCACUUCCCGGGCAUUGUAUCGCCAUUUACGGAAGCACUGCAAGAGAUGGCGAGGAGUGAGGCAGACUUAAUCAGCAUUGAAGCAGAACAAGAAGCCAGGCGGGUUUCACAGCUCGAAAAAAUUAUCCAGCUGCUUCCAGCACCUUGCAACGCCUUGCAUGUGCUGCAGAUAUCAGGCACCUACCCGAAGCUAAGUGUAGCAGCAAAGGAUUACGUACAACUCAUGACGCAAGAGCAGAAGGAGUUUUAUCAGACAAAUAUUGUCUGUGAGUCACUGUCAGACCUAUGUGUGGCCACCAUGGGCCAGUCAAGCUGUCUAAGGUGGCACAAAGAAAAGAAGUUUCGCAUAAGCAGUACCACUAGCCACACAAUACUCCAUGCCCGACGGAGCCCUGAGGAGGUUGCCAGGGCCAUCCUGAACUCAAGGCCAUUUUCUACAGAGGCCACGGCCUAUGGACUCCGUACAGAACCCCUGGCUCGAAUGGAGUUUGAGCGUCAACUAGGUGUUGAAGUUGUGGAGAUGGGUUUGCUCAUACACCCGGAUCAGCCUUGGCUGUGUGGCAGCCCUGAUGGCAUGUUCUGCCUGUCUGGGGAAACAUGCCUUUUGGAAAUCAAGUGUCCCCACAAGUGUAAAGAAGCAGACAUGUUCGACAGCUCGGGAGAGAGCAUCCUAGACUACAUCCAGGGAACAGGCAGCAACCGAAGACUGAAGACAACGCACAGAUAUUUCACUCAAGUACAGAUAUUACUGUACUUGUUGAAUGUACAAAAGUGCUACUUUUUUGUAUAUUCCAGCAGGCAAAAUGUCAUUAUUGAAGUCAGUAGGGAUGAUACCUUUCUUUACGAGAGCAUCCCAGCCCUUGAAAGAUUUUAUUUUACUUACCUUCUGCCUGCUGCAGCUGCAGCGAAAUAAAGCAUGUGCUCACUGAGAUUUGUUUGUACUACUAUACUUCGUGCGCAAAACACAAUGAAAAAAAAAGCAUUUCACAUUUCUCACUUUUAUUGCACAACCGAAGAAAAUGCCUAUAUCCUAAAGGUACAUAGUGGUAUAUGGUAUUGACAAUCUUAGAAAAAAAAUUAAGAGUUAACAUGUCAUUUGUUCACUAGUUCUGCUGCUUCAUGUGUGCACAACACU